GAACCAGCUUCGGCUCGGCUCUCUAGCUCCGGCUCCCGCUCCGCGGAGACCGCAGGCAGAGAGGUGAGCUCAGCCCUGCUCCGCGCGGGGCCCGACCCCCCACUCCGCCUUCUCCCGGGUUCCGGGGAACCCCACCCCCGCCCGCAUCCCCAGCACGGCCACGUCCAGCCCCGGACGGGACGGCGGCGCCCAAGCCUCGGCGUUGCCUCGGGCUUUAGGAGAGAUCCAUGAUGCCAAACUGUGACCGUUCCUGCGGCUGUAGCCGCGGCCCCAACGUGGAAGACGGCAAAUGGUAUGGGGUCCGCUCCUAUCUGCACCUUUUCUAUGAAGACUGUGCGGGUAUGGCCCUCAGCGAUGACCCUGAGGGGACUCCUGUCCUGUGUCCCCGCCGACCCUGGCCCUCACUGUGCUGGAAGAUCAGCCUGUCUACGGGGACCCUUCUUCUGUUGCUGGGUGUGGCGGCCCUGACCACUGGCUACGCAGUGCCCCCCAAGCUGGAGGGCAUCGGAGAGGGGGAAUUCCUGGUGCUGGAUCAGCGGGCAGCCGAUUACAACCAGGCCCUGGGCACCUGCCGUUUGGCAGGCACGGUACUCUGCGUGGCGGCUGGGAUCCUUCUGGCCAUUUGCCUGGUUUGGGCUGUGGCCGGCUGGCUGAGCCAGGACACCAAGGCAGAACCCUUGGACGCCGAAGCUGAUGGCCACGUGGAGAUCUUCGGGGACGAGCCAGAGCAACAGCUGUCCCCCAUCUUCCGUGAUGCCAAUGGCCAGUCUUGGUUUUCACCACCUGCCAGCCCCUUUGGGCAAUCCUCUGUGCAGACCAUCCAGCCCAAGAGGGACUCUUGAGCUGCCCACAAGGCUAGAGGGGCAGCCAGACCUGGGGUCUGGACCAUUCCUCUGUCCCAUCACACCCUGCCCUCCAACUGUGUCCCUAACUUCUCCCUGAGAAGCAGGUCCCUUUCACCUAUGCCCCCAUAAGAUCCAGCUCCAGGUCAGAGAGGCUGGAGCUCAGAUCCCAAUGCCCCUUCCCAGGGAUUGGGCCCCAACUCAUCCAAGAUGCCAACUUUCCCCAAGUCCUCCCCAAACUUCCCUCCUUUUCAAGGCCCUUCAGGAGUAGAAAACAUCCCCCUCAAUCUAUCCUUACUCUACUCCGACCUUGGGCAAACCCCUUACCCUUGCAGACCAUCAGUUCCUAUCUAUGUACUAUGAGGGGAUUGGCUCAGAUUCUGGAGUUCCAUGACUUUCCUAUUCUACCCAGAUAAAAGCAUUACUCUCCAUAGGCAAUGUUGGGGGGAAAGGUGGUAGGGUCAUCCUCUUUCCCUAAACCCUUCAUCUGUCAGCUGCCCCAGGACGCCUGAGGAUGGGUCAAAACCCCCCACUUGGACUUCUCCAGGAUGGUGCGAACACAGUCACCUCCUUCAGAACGUUUUCUACGUCCAUUUUGGCAUCAGAGCCCCUCAGUACCCCCCCCCCAAAUCGUGGGCUAUUAUUAGUCCCAGUUUACAGAUGAGGUGACUGGGGGAGGCUGGCAGUCUGCAGGAAUUAGGACCCACAUCUUCAGCCUCCUCCUGGGCCAGCUCUUGUUCUACACAUAUGGCACAGGGGGCCUGCUGGACACCUUCCUGGCUUCCAGGGGGCCUCAAGGGUUGGGGGACAGUUUGGGCCCAGAGGGCCUGGCUGCAGGCUUGAUGGUCCCUGGUGGCUCAGAAGAUGAUUUGGACAUGCGUUUAAAUGGUUUAUAAGAGCCAGGGGUCAGGAGAACUGGGAUGUCUUUGCCGCUGAAAAUCCACUCAUCUAGAAACCGUCACCCACAGGUUACCCACAGGUCCUGACCUCACCCUGUAACAAAUGUGCCCUGCUGGGCCCCCAGCAAGCACCUCCAUCCUGAAGCCUCCCUGGCCAGACGCAUCAUCUCCAUUCUCACCACUAGAGGGAGCUCCAAGACAGCCGGAGAGAGGCGCCGAUGGCCUCCGCCCCAUACCCCGCCCCCCUCGGUCACACCUCCAGCCUGGAGGGGGUCUCCCGGGAGGGUCCUCCGUUCUCCCCCACCCGGCCGGCACUACUGCCCUUGUGCCCCACGCCCCUUCCCCAUCCUGCCCACCCCUUCCGUCUUGCCUUCCCUUUCAAUAAACAGCUGGGAUGGA